UUGUUGCAGCCAGCGGUUCGUGUCAGAAAGUUUCGGACCAGAGACGGGUUAGAAUGGCAGCGGGGGAAGCGCACCGAGUUAUCGUCUACGGGGGAAGAGGAGCCCUGGGCUCCAAAUGCGUGGAAUACUUCAAGUCCAAAAGCUGGUGGGUUGCCAGCAUCGACAUCACCGCUAAUGAAGAGGCGAGCGCGAACGUGCUGGUGAAGCUCACUGACUCUUUUACAGAGCAAGCGGAUCAGGUGACAGCGGAUGUCUCUAUGUUGUUGGGAGGUGAAAAAGUGGAUGCGAUCCUCUGUGUUGCAGGGGGGUGGGCAGGUGGUAGCGCCAAGGCUAAAGCUCUGUACAAAAACACUGACCUGAUGUGGAAGCAGAGUGUCUGGACAUCAACCAUCUCUAGCCAUUUGGCCACCAAGCAUUUGAAGGAGGGCGGCCUGCUGACAUUAGCAGGGGCCAAAGCGGCCCUGGCUGGAACCCCUGGCAUGGUCGGAUAUGGCAUGGCCAAAGCUGCUGUUCACCAGCUCUGCCAGAGUCUUGCUGGGGAAAAAAAUGGCCUGCCACAAGGCUCCGCUGCGGUGGCCAUCUUGCCUGUAACCUUGGACACACCGAUGAACAGAAAAUCCAUGCCUGAUGGCGACUUCAGCUCUUGGACGCCGCUGGAAUAUGUUGCAGAAACAUUCUUCAGCUGGACGACAGGAGUGGAUCGCCCUGCGUCGGGUAGCCUGGUGCAGUUGGUGACGUCCCAGGGAAAGACGGAGGCCACAACUGUGCAGCCGUGAACAGAGCUGCAGUGCCGGAGAGCGCCCCCUAGCUGUAGGCAGUAACACCUUUGCGAAACCUGCACGCACUGUAGAUCUCUCCUGCUGGUGUACCUGUUGAUGUUGCACAAAGUAUGGAACCAAAAAAACAUUUGUGUCUUUUACACGCAGUCAAAAACGUAGCUGUUCAGACCUUUUCCGUGGAGUGGCCUUACCAUGUGUUUACACGAUUUACACGUGUGUGUGUGUGUGUAUGUGUGUGUGUGUGUGUCUUUGUUGUAUGUUGUUAUGGAAAGACUGUGAGGUGGUUUGUCCCCUGACUUUAGAAAUUUGUAUUUUUGUAAGUCAUCAGUGCCAUGUUUAGUCUCAUUAGCUG